AUUUCAGUUUCGGAUUGUUCUUCUUGAUUCAAUUUCUUUAAUUAUUGUUAUUUUUCUCAUUAUGGAUGAUUGAUUUGGGGGCUUAAUUUAAUCAUACGUGCACAUAAAAAUGUCCUCUUUUUGUUUAUUUGAUGAUGUUCAUGAUCUGGGUAUCGUCAAGUUGUUUUUGUGAUUGGGAUGUGAUUGAAACUCAAAUAGCCUGCCUUUUGUUUGUUAGAUGUUCUUGUUAAUUGUGUGCCUUUGGCCCUUGGAUAUUUAUGGGGCUGAGCUGACAGCAUUUAAAUUGUUUAAUAAGUUGCUGGAUUUGUCAUGGAAACUAAUUUGAGUGCACCUGGAGCAUGGUCUGGGGAUCUUUUUCUCUUGGGGAAGACAUGAAGGACGUGCACUUGUUUAAUCAUUAAGGACAAUAACCAAAUGGUGCUAAACGUUAUCUCUUCUUCUUCUUUUUUGGGUUUAUGAAUGAGGGGAGAGGGACUGAAACUUGGGAUUUUAUCCAACUGAGGGAGCACCUAGCCACCUACAGCAAAACUAAACUUGUGCAACGCGAAGUUAAAGCCUGCUCACUAUCUAGAGUGGUGGAGGCCCUAACCAAUCAAGAAGAAGUUGAAUUGCGAUCUAAAAUUGAAGCACUGGGAUUAGAGGUUACUAAAGUUCCAUCAAAGUCAACAAAGAAUCUCGAUGAGCUGGAAAUAGCAAGAGAGUUGGAUAAAUUAUCAGCAAAAUUGGAUGAUGUAGAUGAAAUGAUAUCCUCAGCAAUGGCUGCAGAUCCACAGGUGCAGUCUCUCUUGAGUGGCACUGCUGAUGUAUGGAUGCCAGUUAUUACAGCUACUGCUGAGGAGAGACGUAAUUUUACAGCAUCACUUGGAGAUGACACUACUGAAGAAAAAGUGCAAACCUCCAAUUAAUUGUUGCUGUCUGCUCUCACAGAAUAUAACCUUUGUUAUAACUUAAUGUGUUUGCCCCAUCUUCCUAAAUAUUGUUAAGAUUCCUUCCCCAAUAUUUUUUUAAUAUAUAUUUCAUUUUUCUUGUCCUUCA